AACCCCUUAUCAAUUCUGUGCUUGUGUCCUUGUAAUCGCUUCUGAAUCACCGUGAAUCACUCUCAAUGCUAUCGAUCUUUAUCGGGCAUUUCCUGCCGUGAGUCGUUCGUCUGUUCGUCGUCGUAGAGUCGUAAGCAACCGAGAUCGUCAGCUCACAGGAUGGUCGUCUCAGCCGCAGAUCGACUAACGGUGUCAUCCGAUACCUCUGAUGGAGAACCGGAGAAAACGGAGCCUUUAACGACGACGACGGAAUGUGAUUCGCUGCACUCCGGACGCCAGCUCGUGCACACCAUACUCCCGAUCAAUGUGGACGUGCUGUUCGAGUUGCUCUUUUCCCGCUCCAGGUUUCUCACCGAGUUUCACGAGGUCCGAAAAACGACCGACAUGGUUCCGGGUGAGUGGAGCCCCAACAAGGACGGCCUGAAGGAGCGCAUCGUAACGCUAACAAUUGCCAUCACGCAAACAAUCGGCCCAAAGAAUGCGCACGUAACCGAAACGCAGGUAAUGCGCAAGUGUUCGCAGCCUUCUCAGCUGUACGCGAUCGACGUGACCGCGGUACAAGGUGGCAUUCCGUAUGCGGACAGUUUCUACGUGACGCAACACUACUGCAUGUCCCGGACGGUCGACAACCACACGGUGUUUUCUGUGCACGCCCAGGUUCACUAUCGCAAGUCGAUCUUCGGCUUCGUGAAAGGCUUCAUCGAGAAGAACACCUGGGUUGGUUUGGAGGAUUUCUACACCUCUCUGUUGCGCAACCUGCAGAGCGAGUACUGCAUUCCGCCAGCCAAGGGCAAAGGAAGGCGAACGCGACGUUCCGGACACGGACAGAGCAAAGCACUCGCCGAAGAAACAACCGCUAUCGUCGACACGAAGGGCAAACAAGCGCUGGGCCGGCUGGGACCGGCCACGAGGCCUACGGCAGGUGGGCAACCCAAGGCCCCGAAAUCUUCCGGCGCCCGGUGGCUCGUCGCCGUGAUGCUGCUGCUGUUGAUUUUCGUCAAUCUGAUGCUCUACCGGAAGCUGCUGCAGAUGGAAGACCUAGAGCGCGUGUCUCGCUUGGAUCGUACUGAAGAGCUGGAUUCGUUGCUGCUCGCCAAAACCGUGCGAACGCGAAACGAUUGGUUGUUGAUCUUUCAACAGCAAGAAACGCGCUACAGCGACGAGCUGCUCGAGUGGCAGAAGGUUCUCUCGUCGGUCACCGAAAUGCUCAACAAGGCCAGUGUGCUCUGCACCAGGCUGUGCAAAGUGACAGACAAUGCAACAACCGUAACCGGCUGAGGCCUCUCGGACGGGGAAGAAUUUCGAAGCGCGCAAUGGUAGCGAUAUGGUGUUUGGUUCCUUUUGUAGUAUUACCGUUAUAUCCUGUGUUGACUAGAUUCUAGAGUGCUCUGGUCAAAUCAAAGUGAACCAAAGCAGUCCUAACCCAACCCUGCCACAUGAGCUGGGUUUGGUGGUGGCGC